AUGGCUCAGCAGAGCCCACCACCUCUGGGCGUACGUGUCUCACCACCCAGAAUAGCCGGCACCACCCACAAAGUACAAAGGAGAAAGGUCAAAAACGAUACCACCAGUAGCCAGAUCAUCAACCAUGCAUCCCACUUGAAGAAUACCCAUAUGAACGAAAUGCGCAAACGUAAGCGGGACUUUUUCAACCGUAUCAAUUAUGGAUACGCAUUGACUGUUGCCGUGAUUCCAGCGUUGGCAGUGCUCUACCUAUUGCAAGGUAAGGAACCCAUCAUCCCCUCCAAGACCAGCACCUUGUAUUUCACCAUAGCAUAUUUCCACUUCACAUUACUAUCGUUCACCAGUGGAUAUCACCGAUACUUUGCCCACAACUCGUUCAAAGCUAGAUGCUCGUUUGUCCAGUACUACUUUGCGAUUUUUGGCAGCAGCAUAGGGUUGGGUUCGAUACGAUGGUGGGCAUCGUUGCACCGAGCCCAUCACCACUUCACUGACGACACGGAGAGAGACCCGUAUCUGAUCAAGCGAGGGUUCAUCUGGGCGCACUGGGGAUGGCUCAUCAAGAAACCCAAGAUUGUUACGUUUUACACCGAGUUCAUGGAACAAGAAUUCCCCAAGAAGACUGAAGCUCCCGUCAACGAAGCUCUUGACAACGACCUGGUGUACACCCAGGGCAACAUGACGCGUAACGACUACGAUGAGAAUAUCCAGCGUCUCUUGGUGUGGCAGGAGAAAUAUUACUAUCCGCUCCAUUUCCUCACCACCUGGGUCAUCCCCAUCGCGGUGACAAUGAUGUUGGGAGACUCCUUUGCCCACGGGUUGUUGUACCCUGGGGUAUUGAGGAUGUUUGCGUGUCAACAGGCGUUGCUCAGCACCGAGUCAGUGUGUCACUUGAAGAGCAUCCAUGUGUCGAUUCCUAGCCAGCCCUUCAAUGACAAGAACUCGUCGCAAAACUGCCACAACCCAUUGGUGACGCUCUUGACCUAUGGCCAAGGCUACCAGAACUACCACCACGAGUUCCCCCACGACUAUCGAUCGACGGCUUCUCCAUUGGCGUUCGACCCCACCAAAUGGUUCAUCUGGACCCUCGACAAGCUUGGGGUGGUGGAAGAGCUCUGUCGCACUCCGGCAGACUUGAUCACCCAGCUCCGCAUCCAGCAGCAGCAACAGGUGAUCAACAGAAUGAAAAGCCAGCUCAACUGGGGCACCCCCAUCUCCAAGCUUCCCAAGAUCACCCCCACCGACUUCAAGCGCAUCAUUGCAUCUUCAUCCAACAAGGACCGCAUUUACAUCGUCAUCCAGAAUAUUAUCCACGACAUCACUCCGUUCAUGGACCAGCACCCGGGAGGCGUGCCUUUACUCAAGGCCUCACAUGGUAAGGACGCCACCAAGGCGUUUUACGGAGGCGUCUACGGCCAUCUGACAGCAGCAGUCAACCUUUUGGCCACCAUGAGAAUUGGCGUAUUGGACGUGGGCAACGAGGAGGAGGUUUGGCGGCGCGUGGUGAGAGAAGAAGGCGAUGUCGACGGAUCCUCGGGACGCCAGAUGCAGCUGUAUAGAACGGCAGAGGCUGCCUAA